AUUCGUAUAUAGGUAGGGAAAAACCUUAGAACACAAACCCUGCAGAUAGGAAUUAAUUUUGCAAUAAAUGAUAAUUUGCACAUGCUGCAGUAAUUUAACCAUAUCUUUUUCUCUAGGCAUCGGAUUUAGUUGAUUCUUUAGGCGUUGGAAAGCUAAGAGGCAGAGCUACAAUUGAUGUUUUAUGAGCUUAACCCAGUUCUAGCUGUAUCAAUACAGAUUUUUGGUUGAAAGUGACGGUUUUGACAUGGACAUAGUGCAGAAAUAAAGAGAAUUGGGCUGUGUUUCCUAGGUGUGGGCCAACUACAGUCCAGGCCCAAACCAAAGCCCAAUUCCCAUGUCUGCUAGGGUUAAGGGGUUUCUAAUUUCUGGAGAUAUAUAUAGAUGCUAUUCGGCAGAAACAAGGGGGGAGACGCAAGCCACACAGCCACACAGACGCAGGAGAGGGUUCUAUACAAGAGGAAAAGAACACCCAGCCGCCCACAUCCCAGCAACCCACAUCUGUUUAUUACCAGCAGCAGAAGAGGACAGCCACACACAGAGACGCAAGUGGGGUGACGGGAGAAAAAAAGGGAAGCAGCCGGCAGAGAGUUUGAAGUCGAGUCUGAGGCAGAACUUGUGAGGAUUCUGUGCUAGGGACGGCAGAAAUCAAAGAGGCAGCCGCUGGGGACACUUCAGGCUACAGAUCUGAGUUCCACAAAUUGGGUUUUUGCUCUUCUAGACUUAUUUUUCCCUUGUUUGGAUAUGGAAUUUUGGUUCAUCAAUUUAAUCUCAGAUUUUA